UCUACGGCCAACACAAGCUUCUCUCUCACCUCUUCGUCUUCUUCCUCGGCCUCGCUCUUGCAUUUUUUCCCCCACUUCUUUCAUUGCUUUCCGUCAACCGUUGAAGCUAUAAAAUUCCAGACAACUUUGUGUAACGUUGAAAGCCUACAUUUGAAUCUAUUUAGUUUCAAAACCGCGUGAUUUUACAUGUACAAACACGUACAUGAACAGAAGAAGAAAGGGGCCAAGUCUCACAAUAAGUUUGUUUCCCGGGAAAACACCACGGAAAAUUUGUUGUGGGGAAAAUUUUGAAUAUUGUACUAUGUUGGGCUUGAAGACUCGCACUCGCCUGCUUGCUCUGCUUAUUCUUCAUUCACUGAUAGCCUUGGUCUCUUCUUCUGGACCUACCUGGAAAACAUUGGGAGGAUCUCCGCCGCUGGUGGUGGCGCGUGGAGGGUUUCCGGGCAUAUUUCCGGAUUCUAGCCGCGCUGCGUACGAAUUGGCACUAAACACAAGUACAUCGAAGGUGGUUGUGUGGUGCGAUUUGCAAUUGACGAAGGACGGAGCAGGAAUUUGCUUGCCAGAGUUGAAGCUGGACAAUGCAACAGACAUUGCCAACAUUUACUUGAACAAAGCUAGGGUUCACACUGUGAAUGGUGUUCCAACCAGAGGAUGGUUUACCGUUGAUUACAACUUGAGCGAGCUUGCGUCUGUAUCUCUUGUUCAGGGAGUCUACACUCGCACUAAUAAAUUUGAUGGCAAUAAAUUUAGAAUUCUCAAAGUCGAAGCAGUAGUCAAAUUAGCAAAGCCAAAUGGCCUGUGGUUGAAUGUUCAGAAUGAUGCAUUCUUCAAGGGGCAGAAAUUGAGUGCGGCCAGGUUCCUAUCUUCUCAUAGAGUAUCUGUGAGCUACAUCUCUUCACCUGAGGUGGGUUUCUUGAGAGAAAUCAGAUCAAUCAGAAGUUAUAGAACAACCACACUGAUCUUCAGGUUUCUAAAGCAGAAUGAGGUUGAACCUACAACUAAUCAGACUUAUGGUUCACUCUUGAAAAACCUCAAAUUUGUGAAGACAUUUGCUUCAGGAAUUCUUGUUCCCAAGGGUUACAUAUGGCCUACAGACCCAGACCUUUAUCUACAGCCAUACACUUCGGUUGUCCCAGAUGCUCAUAAAGAAGGGCUUCAAGUUUUUGUAUCAGACCUUGUAAAUGAUUUUGUACUUAGCUACAAUUACAGUUAUGACCCUCUAGCCGAGUGCCUGUCUUUCAUUGACAACAAUAUCUUCUCUGUUGAUGGUUUUCUGUCUGACUUCCCAAUCACUCCAUCUGCAGCCAUAAAUUGCUUUUCUGGCAUAGGGGAAAAUGCAACUAGGAAAGUGGACACUUUGGUUAUAUCAAAAUAUGGAGCAAGUGGAGACUAUCCUGCUUGCACUGACUUGGCUUAUGAAAAAGCUAAAUUAGAUGGUGCUGAUGUACUUGAUUGUCCUGUUCAAAUGUCCAAGGAUGGAAUACCAUUUUGCUUAAGCUCUAUUGACCUAAUUGACAGCACGACAGUUGCUGCAACAAGUUUCGCCAACCGUGCAGCAUCUAUCCCAGAGAUCAAGCCUGGCAGUGGCAUAUAUGCAUUCAACUUGACAUGGAAUGAGAUAAAAAAUUUGACACCCUCAAUAUUGAACCCCUAUUCAAAAUACACACUGUUCCGGAAUCCAAAAGCAAAAAAUGAAGGGACACUUUUAACCUUAUCUGAGUUUUUGAACUUGACAAAAGGUCAGCCACAUGGCAUCUUACUCAGCAUAGAGAAUGCAGCCUACCUUGCUGAGCGGCAGGGAUUAAGAGUGACCAAUGCAGUCCUUGAUGCUUUGAACAAAGCAGGCUAUGAUAAGUCAGGGCCUCAAAAAGUCAUGAUACAGUCCACUCAUAGCUCUGUACUGAUGGAAUUUAAGGGAAAUUCCAAAUAUGAAAGGGUAUACAAAGUUAAAGAGGAUAUUUAUGAUGCUCUUGAUUCAGCUGUCAAGGACAUCAAGACAUUUGCUGAUUCUGUGGUCAUUGGAAAGUCAUCGGUUUUCCCAGAAAAUUCGGCCUUUCUUGUUAACUCCACAAAGACUGUAUCAAAGCUACAUUCAUUCAACCUCUCUGUGUAUGUGGAAACCUUCAGCAAUGAGUUUGUAUCUCAGGCAUGGGACUACUACUCAGAUGCAUUUGUUGAGAUAAAUUCAUUUGUCAUUGGAGCCAAAGUUGAUGGCAUUAUCACUGACUUUCCCAAGACAGCUGAUAGAUACCGAAAGAACUUGUGUUUAAAUCUUGGCAAUAAAACUCCUCCAUAUAUGAGCCCUAUUGAACCUGGCCGUCUUUUGAAAAAAAUUAGCCAGGAAUACCUUCCACCUCCUGCUCCUCCACUUCCGGUGUUGAACGAUACAAGCGUGGCGGAUCCACCGUUGCCUGCAUUUUCCGUGCUAAGGACAGUAGCCCCGGCUCCGGCAUGAAGAUAGGGGAGAGGAAAAGAUAAUAAUUUGGUAUCUAUGUCAUGAAGUUGGUCUUCUAGAUGUGGUGGUAUUACUAUUAUUUUUAAAUGUUUUAUUACAUGAAGGAGAAGGGGUUGUCAAUCAAAGUUAUGUUGCUUAUUCUCAAUGGUAAAUUGAAUGUGUAUCAAACAUAGUUCAUGCGUAAAUGUAAUAUAUGACUAUCCGUGGGAACUUUUUCUUCAUUAAACCAACAAGUUGGUUCA